CCGGGGAGGACCCAGGCGUCCUGGCCCCCGGCGUUACCCCUGCCCGAGCCGGGGAGGACCCAGGCGUCCUGGCCCCCGGCGUUACCCCUGCCCGAGCCGGGGAGGACCCAGGCGUCCGGGCCCCCGGCGUUACCCUGCUCUCCGUCUCCGCAGACCUGGAGUUCACGGUGCGGGUCCUGCUCUACGCGCUGAUCUUCCUGCUCAGUGUCUUCGGGAACUCGCUGAUCAUCGUGGUGCUGGUGCUGAACCGCCGGCUGCGCACGGUCACCAACUCCUUCCUGCUCUCGCUGGCGCUGAGCGACCUGCUGCUGGCGCUGUGCUGCAUGCCCUUCACCCUCGUGCCCAACCUCAUGGGCACCUUCGUCUUCGGCCCCGCCGUCUGCAAGCUCGUGGCCUAUCUCAUGAGCAUCUCCGUCAGCGUCUCCACCUUCAGCCUGGUGGCGAUCGCCAUCGAGCGGUACAGCGCCAUCUGCAACCCGCUGCAGUCCCGCGUGUGGCAAACCCGCUCCCACGCCUACCGGGUCAUCGCCAGCACCUGGCUGCUGUCCCUGCUGCUCAUGCUGCCCUACGUCAUCUACAGCACCACGGUGCCCACCCGGCCCGGCCUCGCCCAGUGCCAGCACCGCUGGCCCAGCCAGCCCUUCAAACAGGCCUGGUGGCCCCCCGCUAUGACCCCUUGCAAGACACGGGCCGACCCCGGCUCUGCUCUCUCCCCAGGUCUCCAGCACGGCGGCACCGAGCCCCUGGCGCCGGGGGUGGAGGAUGACGGCUGCUACGUGCAGCUGGCGAGGCCGGGGGGGGCGCUGGAGCUGAGCCUGCUGGGCCGGGCGGGCGCAGGGCAGCAGGACCGCGCCCGCGUCAACGGCUCGCAGGCCAUGCUGCUGGCCAAGAGGCGGGUGAUCCGCAUGCUGGUUGUCAUCGUGGUGAUGUUCUUCCUCUGCUGGCUGCCCAUCUUCUCCGCCAACACCUGGCGCGCCUUCGCCCCGGCCGCGGCCCAUCGGGUGCUGUCGGGCGCCCCCAUCUCCUUCAUCCACCUGCUGUCCUACACCUCGGCCUGCGCCAACCCGCUCAUCUACUGCUUCAUGAACCGGCGCUUCCGCGCCGCCUUCGCCACCACCUUCGCCCGCUGCCGCCCCCGGCGCCCCCGGCGCCCCCCGCCCGACGACGACAUGCCUACCACCGGCGCCUCCCUCUCCAAGAUCAGCUACACCACCGUCAGCAGCCUGGGGCCCCCCUAGCGCCCCCCGUCAGCCCCUAGCGCCCCCCGUCAGCAGCCUGGGGCCCCCCUAGCGCCCCCAUCAGCCCCUAGCGUCCCCCGUCACCAGCCUGGGGCCACUUGGAGUCCCCUCUGCCCAACCAUCUGCCCCCUUCCCCCUCAGGGCUGCGCUGCCCCCUGGACUUCUAACGGCCGGGGCCUGGGCUCCCUCGUGCUGGAAGUGGGGCCCGGGAAAUGGGGGGCUGUGCCCCUCCCGCACCCCAACCCCCCUGCCCCAGCCCUGACUCCCUGCCCUGAGCCCCUCCCGCACCCCAGCCCUGACCCCCUGCCCUCAGCCCCUCCUGCACCCCAGCCCUGAGCCCCUGCCCUGAGCC